AUGAAUUGCCUGGCUUUUUCAUUGGGCUUCGGCCUCUUGUUUCAGGUCAUGGAAAUAUUGAUCUUUGCCUAUUUUGCUUCUAUAUCAUUGGCUGACUCACGGGGUCUUUUCCCAAGGCUGGAGAAUGUGGGAGCUUUCAAGAAGGUUUCUAUUGUGCCAACCCAAGCAGUGUGUGGACUCCCAGACCGAAGCACUUUUUGUCAUAGCUCUGCUGCUGCUGCAAGUCUUCAGUUCUGUACCCAGCGGUUUUGCAUUCAGGACUGCCCAUAUAGGUCUUCAACCCCUACCUACACUGGCCUUUUCUCAGCAGGCCUCAGGAGCUGCAUCACAGCAGACAAGAGUGAUCUGUAUCCUAACUCCCAUAGCAAUGCUACAAGUUUCAUUUUUGGAAAUCACAAGAAUUGCUUUUUUUCUCCUCCUUCUCCAAGGCUGGCGGCAUCAUUUACUUUAGCUGUGUGGUUGAAACCUGAGCGAGAAGGUGUAAUGUGUGUUAUAGAAAAGACGGUGGAUGGGCAGAUUGUGUUGAAACUUACAAUAUCAGAGAAAGAGACCAUGUUUUAUUAUCGCACAGUAAAUGGUUUGCAGCCUGCAAUAAAAGUAAUGACGCUGGGGAGAAUUCUUGUGAAGAAAUGGAUUCAUCUUAGUGUGCAGGUUCAUCAGACAAAAAUCAGCUUCUUUAUCAAUGGUUUGGAGGAGGAUAAUACAGCUUUUGAUGCAAGAACUCUACGUGGUUCAAUUACAGAUUUUGCCUCUAGUACUAUGCAAAUAGGACAGAGUUUGAAUGGUUUAGAGCAGUUUGUUGGAAGAAUGCAAGAUUUUCGAUUAUACCAAGAGGCACUUACAAACAGAGAAAUUCUGGAAGUUUUUUCUGGAGGUCUGCUCAGAUUGCAUAUCCAGUCCCACUGCCGCUGCCCAGGCAGCCACCCCCGCGUCCAUCCUUUGGUACAGCGAUACUGCCUUCCUAAUGACGCAGAAGACACAACCAGGAAUAGAGUGUUACGGCUGAAUCCUGAAGCCCAUCCUCUCUCUUUUGUCAAUGAUAACGAUAUUGGUACUGCAUGGGUUUCAAAUGUGUUUACAAACGUUACCCAGCUUAAUCGAGGAGUGACAAUUUCAGUAGAUUUGGAAAAUGGGCAGUAUCAGGUGUUUUAUAUUAUCAUUCAGUUCUUUAGUGCACAACCAACCAUAAUAAGAAUUCAGAGGAAGAAGGAAGACAGUUUGGAUUGGGAGGACUGGCAAUAUUUUGCUAGAAAUUGCAGUGCUUUGGGAAUGAAAAAUAACGGAGAUUUGGAAAAUCCUGAUUCUGUCAACUGUCUUCAGCUUUCCAAUUUCACUCCAUAUUCCCAUGGUAAUGUCACGUUUAGCAUCCUGACACCUGGAUCAAAUUACCGUCCUGGAUACAAUGACUUUUAUAAUACCCCGUCUCUUCAAGAUUUUGUCAAAGCCACACAAAUAAGGUUUCAUUUCCAUGGGCAGUACUAUACAACCGAGACUGCAGUCAACCUCAGACACAGAUACUAUGCGGUGGAUGAAAUCACCAUCAGUGGGAGAUGUCAGUGCCAUGGUCAUGCCGAUAACUGCGAUACGACAAGCCAGCCAUAUAGAUGUCUCUGCUCUCAGGAAAGCUUCACUGAAGGACUUCAUUGUGAUCGCUGCUUGCCUCUUUAUAAUGACAAGCCUUUCCGCCAAGGUGAUCAAGUUCACGCAUUCAAUUGUAAACCUUGUCACUGCAACAGUCAUUCCAGAAGCUGCCACUACAACAUCUCCCUGGACCCAUUUCCUUUUGAGCACCAGCGCGGGGGAGGAGGAGUUUGUGAUGACUGUGAACAUAACACUACAGGAAGGAACUGUGAGCUGUGCAAGGAAUACUUUUUCCAACAAGUUGGUACAGAUCCUUCCGCCAUGGAUGUUUGCAAACCCUGUGAUUGUGAUAAAGUUGGCACUAGAAACAGUAGCCUCUUGUGUGAUCAGAUUGGAGGCCAGUGUGAUUGUAAGAGACAUGUGUCUGGCAGACAGUGCAAUCAGUGCCAGGAUGGAUUCUACAGUCUACAAGAGGUGGAUCCUGAUGGCUGCAGUCCCUGUAACUGCAAUGCCUCUGGGACAGUGGAUGGAGAUAUUACCUGUCACCAAAAUUCAGGCCAGUGCAAGUGCAAAGCAAAUGUUAUUGGGCUUAGAUGUGAUCAUUGCAAUUUUGGAUUUAAAUUUCUCCGAAGUUUUAAUGAAGAUGGAUGUGAGCCCUGCCAGUGUAACCUCCAUGGGUCUGUGAACAAGUUCUGCAAUCCUCUUUCUGGGCAGUGUGAAUGCAAAAAAGAAGCCAAAGGACUUCAGUGUGACACCUGCAGAGAAGCCUUUUAUGGGCUGGACGUCACUGGUUGUAAGGCCUGUGACUGUGACACAGCUGGGUCCCUCUCUGGGACGGUCUGUAAUGCUGAGACAGGGCAGUGCAUCUGUAAGCCCAACGUUGGAGGGAGACGGUGCAGUGAAUGCUUGGAGGGCUACUUCUACUUACAGCAAAAUGAUUCUUUCCUCUGUCUGCCUUGUAACUGUGAUAAGACUGGGACAGUAAAUGGCUCUUUGCUAUGUGACAAAUCAACAGGACAAUGUCCUUGCAAAUUAGGGGUAGCAGGUCUUCACUGUAAUCAGUGUGAACCUCACAGGUACAAUUUGACCACUGGCAAUUUUCAAGGCUGCCAGAUGUGUGAGUGUGACUCCUUAGGGACAUUUCCUGGGACCAUUUGUGACCCAAUCAGUGGCCAGUGCCUAUGUUUGCCCAAUCGUCAAGGAAGAAGGUGUAAUCAGUGUCAACCAGGUUUUUAUAUUUCUCCUGGCAGUGCCACUGGCUGCCUGCCAUGUUCAUGCCAUGCAACUGGUGCAGUUAAUCACGUCUGUAAUAGCCUAACAGGUCAGUGCACUUGCCAAGAUGCUUCCACUGCUGGGCAAGGUUGUGACCGGUGUAAAGAUCAUUACUUUGGAUUUGAUCCUCAGACUGGAAGAUGUCAGCCCUGUAAUUGUCAUCUCUCAGGAGCCUUGAAUGAAACCUGUCACUUGGUCACAGGCCAGUGUUUCUGUAAACAAUUUGUCACUGGCUCAAAGUGUGAUGCUUGUGUUCCCAGUGCAAGCCAUUUGGAUGUCAGCAAUUUAUUGGGUUGCAGCAAAACUCCAUCCCAGCAACCUCCACCCAGAGGACAAGUUCAAAGUUCUUCUGCUAUCAAUCUUUCUUGGAGUCCACCUGAUUCACCAAAUGCCCACCGGCUUACUUACAGUUUAUUCAGGGACAGUUUUGAAAUCUACGCAACUGAAGAUCAAUUCCCAUACAAUAUUCAAUAUUUCUUAGACACUGCCCUGUCACCAUAUACCUCAUAUUCCUAUUACAUCCAGACCACCAAUGUGCAUGGUUCAACAAGGAGUGCAGCUGUCAUCUAUAGGACAAAACCUGGGGUCCCAGAGGGAAACUUGAACUUAAAUUAUGUCCUUCCUAUUAGGUCAGACUCUGUGACACUUACCUGGACUGCCCUCUCAAAUCAUUCUGGUCCUAUAGAGAAAUAUAUUUUGUCCUGUGCUCCUUUGGUUGACAUUCAGCCAUGUGUUCCCUAUGAAGGUCAUGAUACCUCAGCUACCGUCUGGAACCUGGUUCCCUUCACCAAGUACAAUUUUUCUGUACAGGCAUGUACUAGUGGGGGCUGUUUACACAGCUUGCCCAUGACAGUGACCACAGCCCAGGCCCCUCCCCAAAGGAUGAGUCCACCUGAGGUGCAGAAAAUCAGUUCCACAGAACUUCAUGUAGAGUGGUCUCCACCAAUGCAACCAAAUGGAAUAAUUAUAAGAUAUGAACUAUACAUGAAAAGAUUGGCAUCUACUGAAGAAACCACAUCUGAAGAAAGUCGAGUGUUCCAGAGCAGUGGCUGGCUCAGUCCUCACCCAUUUGCAGGAUCAGCCAAUGAAAAUGCAUUAAAGCCUCCCCAAACAAGUACAACUAUCACUGGCUUGGAGCCAUACACCAAAUACGAGUUUAGGGUCUUAGCUGUGAAUAUGGCUGGCAGCGUGUCUUCUGCCUCGAUCUCAGGGAGAACGGGAGAAGCAGCGCCUGUGUUCAUGGUCCCACCUUCAGUCUUUCCCCUCUCGUCCUACGCUCUCAUUGUCUCCUGGGAGAAGCCAGCAGACCAUGUUACAAGAGGAAAAGUUGUGGAGUAUAACAUCAACAUGAUUUCUGAGCAAUUACCUCAAUCUGUUCCAGUGGUGUUUUCACAGCUGUUAUACACUGCUAAAUCCCAAGAACUGGCCUAUGUUGUAAGAGGUCUGAAACCUUAUAGGAUAUACAAGUUUACUAUUUCUCUCUGCAAUUCAAUUGGUUGUGUAACCAGUGCUUCAGGAGCAGGACAAACUUUAGCAGCAGCACCAGCCCAACUGAGGCCUCCUCUGGUUAAAGGAAUCAACAGCACAGCAAUCAGUAUUAGGUGGUUUCCACCUGAAGAACUAAAUGGACCCUCACCUAUAUAUCAGCUGGAAAGGAGAGAGUCAUCUCUACCAGCUCCGAUGGCCAGGGUGAUGAAAGGAAUUCGUUUCACAGGAAAUGGGUAUUAUAAAUUUCCCAGCUCCACUCACCCAGUCAAUACAGACUUUACCGGCAUUAAGGCCAGCUUUCGAACAAGGGUGCCUGAAGGUUUGCUUGUCUUUGCAGCAUCGCCUGGCAAUCAGGAAGAGUAUUUUGCACUUCAGUUGAGGAAUGGACGUCCUUAUUUUCUUUUUGAUCCUCAGGGGUCAUCAUUGGAAGUUACCACAACUAAUGAUCAUGGUAAACAAUAUAAUGAUGGUAAAUGGCAUGAAAUAAUUGCUAUUAGGCAUCAGGCUUUCGGUCAAAUCACUCUUGACGGACAGUACACAGGUUCCUCAGCCACCCUGAAUGGAAGCACUAUUAUUGGAGAUAACACGGGGGUGUUUGUGGGAGGGCUGCCUCAAGGUUAUACCAUCCUCAGGAAGGAUCCUGGGAUAAUCCAAAAGGGUUUUGUGGGCUGUCUCAAGGAUGUUUAUUUUAUGAAGAAUUAUAAUCCAUCUGCUAUUUGGGAAUCUCUGGAUUGGAAGAGUUCUGAAGAGCAAAUGAAUGUAUAUAACAGCUGGGAGGGAUGCCCCACCUUAUUAAAUGAGGGAGCCCAGUUCCUAGGAGCAGGGUUCCUGGAACUUUAUCCACAUAUGUUUCAUGGUGGAAUGGACUUUGAGAUUUCCUUGAAGUUCAGAACGGACCAAUUAAAUGGAUUGCUUCUUUUUGUUUACAACAAAGAUGGACCUGAUUUUCUUGCUAUUGAGCUGAAGAGUGGAAUAUUGAGCUUCCAGUUAAAUACCAGUAUAGCCUUUAUGCAAGUGGAUCUAUGGCUGGGACUGUCCUAUUGUGAUGGGAAGUGGAAUAAAGUAAUUAUUAAAAAGGAAGGUUGCAGCAUAUCAGCAAGCAUGAAUGAACUGACAGAGCAUGCAUCAGAGUCCAGAGCCCAGCCACUAGUGGUGAAUUCACCUGUCUAUGUGGGAGGAAUCCCACAGGAGCUUCAGAACUCUUAUAAACACUUGACUUUGGAACAAGGUUUCGGUGGCUGCAUGAAGGAUGUUAAAUUUACACGGGGUGCUGUCGUUAACUUGGCAUCUGUGUCCAGCAGUGCUGUCAGAGUCAAUCUGGAUGGAUGCCUAUCAAGUGACAGCGCUGUUAACUGCAGGGGAAAUGACUCCAUCCUGGUUUACCAGGGAAAAGAGCAAAGUAUUUAUGAGAGUGGUCUCCAGCCUUUUACAGAAUAUCUGUAUCGAGUGAUAGCCUCACAUGAAGGAGGUUCAGUAUGUAGUGAUUGGAGUCGGGGACGUACAACAGGAGCAGCUCCACAAAGUGUGCCCACUCCCUCAAGGGUCCGCAGCAUAAACGGAUAUAGCAUUGAGGUGACCUGGGACGAACCUGUUGUGGUUAGAGGUGUAAUCGAGAAGUACAUCCUGAAAGCCUACAGUGAGGACAACGCCCGUCCACCCCGCAUGCCCUUUGCCAGUGCGGAGGUUGUCAAUAGCAGCACCCUCGCAGGCAUAUUGACAGGCUUGCUACCCUUCCAGAACUACACAGUAACCCUAACUGCUUGCACUUUGGCUGGCUGUACUGAGAGCUCGCAUGCAUUGAACAUCUCUACUCCACAAGAAGCCCCUCAAGAGGUUCAGCCACCAGUAGCCGAAUCCCUUCCCAAUUCUUUGUUACUCUCCUGGAAUCCACCCAAAAAAGCAAAUGGUGUUAUAACUGAGUACUCCUUAUACAUGGAUGGGAGGCUGAUCUAUUUAGGCAGUGGAGAGAACUACACAGUCACAGAUUUAGCUGUGUUUACGCCCCACCAGUUCCUACUCAGUGCAUGCACAUGUGUGGGAUGUACAAACAGUUCCUGGGUCAUACUAUACACAGCACAGCUGCCGCCAGAACAUGUGGAUUCCCCUAUCCUGACCGUCCUGGAUUCUAGAACGAUAUAUGUACAGUGGAAACAACCAAAGAAAGUAAAUGGAAUUCUGGAGCGCUAUAUAUUAUAUAUUUCAAAUCCUAUGCAUGAUUUUACAGUUUGGAAUGUCAUCUAUAACAGUACAGAACUUUUCCAGGAUCACAUGCUACAAAACCUUCUCCCUGGUAAAAAAUACCUCAUCAAGCUAGGAGCUUGUACAGGUGGCGGGUGCACAGUGAGUGAGGCCAGCCAGGCCCUGACUGAGGAGAACAUUCCCGAAGGUGUGCCAACCCCCAAAGUCCACUCAUACUCACCUGACUCCUUUCACGUGUCCUGGACAAAGCCUGAGUAUCCGAAUGGUGUUAUCACAAGUUAUGGAUUAUACCUAGAUGGUAUAUUAAUUCACAAUUCCUCAGAACUCAGCUGUCAGGCUUAUGGAUUUGCUCCUUGGAGCUUACAUUCCUUCAGAGUCCAAGCAUGCACAGCCAAAGGGUGUGCUCUGGGCCCACUGGUGGAAAAUCGAACGCUAGAAGCGCCUCCUGAAGGAAGAGUAAACGUGUUUGUCAGAACAGAGGGUUCCCGGGAAGCCCACGUGAGGUGGGAGGCACCUUUUCACCCCAAUGGACGUUUAACGUACUCAGUCCUUUUCACUGGGAUUUUCUAUGUAGAUCAAGCAGGUAAUAACUACACUCUUCAGAACAGCACAAAAAUUAUGCAUAGUGGUGAAGAAGCCAACCUUUGGGUGCUCAUCAAUGGAUUAGUUCCUUUUACUAACUAUACUGUACAAGUGAAUGUUUCAAAUAGCCAAGGCAGCUUGAUAAGUGAUCCUAUAAUGAUCACAAUGCCACCAGGGGCUCCAGAUGGCGUGCUGCCUCCCAGGCUUUCAUCUGCCACUCCAACCAGUCUUCAGGUUGUCUGGUCUACACCAGCUCGUGACAACGCUCCCGGCUCUCCCAGAUACCAGCUCCAGAUGAGGCCUGGCUACUCCACCCAGGGAUUUCGAGAGUUAUUUUCCAAUCCUUCUGCAUCGUUAAGCUAUGAAGUGAGAGAUCUCCAACCGUACACAGAGUAUAUGUUUCGGUUGGUUGCCUCCAAUGGAUUUGGCAGUGCACAUAGUUCUUGGAUUCCAUUCAUGACCGCAGAGGACAAACCCGGCCCUCUAGACCCUCCGAUCCUUCUGGAGGUAAAGUCAAGAACGAUGUUGGUCACCUGGCAGCAACCUUUGAAGAGCAAUGGGAUUAUUACCCAUUAUAACAUUUACCAACAUGGCCAUCUCUACUCGAGGACUUCCGGAAAUACCACUAAUUGCACAGUGAUCCAUUUACACCCAUAUACUGCCUACAAGUUUCAGGUAGAAGCCUGUACUUCAAAAGGGUGUUCCCUCUCUCCAGAGUCCCAGACUGUGUGGACAUUCCCAGGAGCACCAGAAGGUAUCCCAAAUCCAGAGCUAUUCUCUGAUACUCCAACAUCUGUGAUUAUAUCUUGGCAACCCCCCACUCACCCCAAUGGCUUGGUGGAGAACUUCACAAUUGAGAGAAGAGUCAAAGGGAAGAAAGAAGUUACUACCCUGGUGACUCUUCCAAAAGGUCAUUCCAUGAAGUUUAUUGACAAGACUCCUGCUCUCAGCCCAUGGACAGAAUAUGAAUACCGGGUACUAAUGAGCACUCUUAAUGGAGGUACAAACAGCAGUGCUUGGGUUCAAGUUACCACGAGACCCUCACGACCCGCCGGGGUGCAGCCGCCUGUGGUGACUGUGCUGGGACCAGAUGCAGCCAAGGUCACUUGGAAACCCCCACUCCUCCCAAAUGGAGACAUCCUUAGCUAUGAGAUUCGCAUGCCUGACCCUCACGUCACAAUAACCAACGUUAAUUUCUCGAUGUUAAGUCAAAUAAUUACUCAUCUGAUUCCUUUCACUAAUUAUUCUGUCACCAUCGUUGCUUGUUCAGGGGGUAACGGGUACCUAGGAGGGUGCACAGAGAGUUUACCUACCCAUGUCACCACCCAGCCCACCCGUCCUCAGGAUGUUGGCCCAUUGUCUGUGAUUCCACUGAGUGAAUCGUAUGUUGGUAUUUCUUGGCAGCCACCAUCUAAACCCAAUGGACCUAAUUUAAGAUAUGAGCUUCUGAGACGUAAAAUCCAGCAACCACUUGCAUCAAAUCCCCCAGAAGAUUUAAAUCUGUGGCACAAUAUUUAUUCAGGAACUGAGUGGUUUUAUGAAGAUAAGGGUCUUAGCAGGUUUACAACCUACGAGUAUAAGCUCUUCGUACACAACAGUGUGGGUUUUACGCCCAGCCAGGCAGCGACAGUGACCACACUGGCUGGUCUUCCAGAGAGAGGAGCCAGUCUCACCACGAGUGUCCUUAACCACACCGCCAUCGACGUGAGAUGGGAUAAACCAGCUUUUCAAGACCUACAAGGUGAUGUUGAAUAUUACACACUUUUUUGGAGUUCUGCUACCUCAAAUGAAUCUGUAAAAAUCCUCCCAGAUGUAAACUCCCAUGUCAUUGGCCACUUAAAUCCAAACACAGAGUAUCGGAUUUUUAUCUCUGUCUUCAAUGGAGUCCACAGCAUCAACAGUGCAGUACUGCACGCAACCACUUUCGAUGGGGAGCCUCAGGGCAUGCUCCCUCCAGAGGUUGUCAUCAUCAACAGUACAGCUGUACGUGUCAUCUGGACAUCUCCUUCAAACCCAAAUGGUGUUGUCACUGAGUAUUCUAUCUGUGUAAAUAAUAAGUUCUACAAGACUGGAAUGAAUGUGCCCGGGUCAUUUAUUCUGAGAGACCUGUCUCCCUUCACUAUCUAUGACAUUCAGGUUGAAGUCUGCACAAAAUACUCAUGUAUAAAAAGCAAUGGAACCCAAAUCACCACUGUGGAAGAUACUCCAAGUGAUAUACCGGCACCCACAAUUCAUAACAUCACCUCAAGAUCCCUUCAAAUUGAUUGGGUGUCUCCAGGGAAACCAAAUGGUAUCAUUCUUGGAUAUGACCUCUUACGGAAAAUGUGGUAUUCAUGCCCUAAAACCCAGAAGUUGAUGGGGAAGAGCAGUGAUGAGCUCUGCAAGGCAGUGAGGUGUCAAAAACCUAAAAAUAUCUGUGGACACAUUUGCUAUUCUCCUGAAGCUAAGGUUUGUUGUAAUGGAGUUCUCUAUGACCCCCAGCCUGGACACAGCUGUUGUGAAGAAAAUUAUAUCCCAUUUGUUCUGAACUCAACCGGGGUUUGUUGCGGUGGCCGAAUAAAAGAGGUGCAAGCCAAUCAUCGGUGCUGCUCUGGGUAUUACGUUAGAAUUCUACCAGGUGAAGUAUGCUGUCCAGAUGACCAGCACAAUCGGGUUUCUGUUGGCAUCGGCGACUCCUGCUGUGGCAGAAUGCCGUACUCCACCUCAGGAAACCAGAUUUGCUGUGCUGGGAGGCUUCAUGAUGGCCAUGGCCAGCACUGCUGCAGUGGACAGAUUGUGAGCAAAGAUUUAGAAUGCUGUGGUGGAGAAGAAGAGGGUGUGGUGUACAGUCGCCUUCCAGGGAUGUUCUGUUGUGGGCAGGAUUAUGUGAAUAUGUCAGAUACCAUAUGCUGCUCAGCUUCCAGUGGAGAGUCUAAAGCACAUGUUAAAAAGAAUGACCCAGUGCCAGUAAAAUGCUGUGAGACUGAACUUAUUCCAAAGAGCCAGAAAUGCUGUAAUGGAGUUGGAUAUAAUCCUUUGAAAUAUGUUUGCUCUGACAAGAUUUCAACUGGAAUGACGAUGAAGGAAACCAAAGGGUGCAGGACUCUGUGCCCAGCAUCAAUGGAAGCCACGGCACAUUGUGGCAGGUGUGACUUCAACUUUACCAGCCAUGUUUGUACUGUGAUAAGAGGGUCUCCCAAUCCCACAGAGAAGGCAUCAGUCGAACAGAUAUGUUCAUCUGCUGAAGAAACCGUCCACACAGGAAGUGUGAACACACACUCCUUCACAGAUGUCAACCUGGAGCCCUACAUGACGUAUGAGUACAGAGUUUCUGUGUGGAACAGCUAUGGGAGAGGAUUCAGCAGAGCUGUUAGAGCCAGCACAAAAGAAGAUGUGCCUCAAGGAGUGAGUCCCCCUCGGUGGACCAAAAUGGACAAUCUUGACGAUGCAUUUGUCUUAAACUGGAGGAAACCUAUACAACCGAAUGGUGCCAUUAUUUACUACAUUCUUCUCCGAAAUGGAAUCGAACGCUUUCGGGGAGCAUCGCUGAGCUUCUCUGAUACAAAGGGAAUUCAGCCGUUUCAGGAAUAUUUAUAUCAGCUAAAGGCUUGCACGGUUGCUGGCUGUGCCACCAGUAGCAAGAUAGUUGCAGCCACUACCCAAGGAGUUCCGGAGAGCAUCCUGCCACCAAGCAUCACAGCCCCAAGUGCAGAGGCUCUGCAUCUGAGCUGGAGUGUCCCUGAAAAACCAAAUGGUGUCAUUAAAGAGUACCAGCUCAGGCAGGUUGGGAAAGGUCUCAUCUACACUGACACCACUGACAGGAGGCAGCAUACGGUUACAGGUCUCCAGCCAUACACCAACUACAGCUUCACACUUACGGCUUGUACAUCUGCUGGAUGCACUUCGAGUGAGCCUUUUCUAGGUCAGACCCUGCAGGCAGCCCCUCAAGGAGUUUGGGUGACACCUCGACAUGUUAUCAUCAAUUCUACAACAGUGGAAUUAUAUUGGAGUCCGCCAGAAAAGCCCAAUGGCCUCAUUUCUCAAUAUCAAUUGCGUCGUAAUGGAACGUUGCUUUUCCUGGGUGGCAGUGAAGAGCGGAAUUUCACUGAUAGAAAUCUGGAGCCCAACAGCAGAUAUGUUUACAAGUUAGAAGCCAAAACCGGAGGAGGCAGCACUGCUAGUGACGAAUACAUCAUCCAAACACCAAUAUCCACACCUGAAGAAAUCCAUCCUCCAUAUAAUAUCACAGUAAUUGGGCCUUAUUCCAUAUUUGUAGCUUGGACACCACCAGGGAUCCUCAUUCCCAACAUUCCUGUGGAGUACAGUGUUUUACUCAGUGAUGAAAGUGUAGCCUUUCUGACCUUCUCUGUUGGUCAUCAUCAAUCCACCCUUCUGAAAAAUUUGGCUCCAUUCACACAGUACGAAAUAAGAAUACAAGCAUGUCAAAAUGGAGGUUGCGGAGUUAGCAGUAGGAUGUUUGUCAACACAUCUGAAGCAGCCCCAGUGGGUCUUAAUGCCCCUAUUCUUAAGGCGUUGGGGUCAGCUUGCAUAGAGGUUACGUGGAGCCCACCUAAAAAGCCAAAUGGAGUCAUAAUCAACUACUUUAUUCACAGACGUUCUGCUGGCAGUGAAGAGGAGUCUCUUCUGUUCAUCUGGUCGGAAGGAGCCCUUGAAUUUACUGAUGAUGAGGAUGCUCUGAGGCCUUUCACACUCUACGAAUACCGGGUCAGAGCCAGUAACUCCAGGGGUUCCAUGGAGAGUCUGUGGUCAUCAGCACGGACUCUGGAAGCACCACCUCAAGAUGUGCCAGCUCCUUGGGCUCAGGCCACCAGUGCCCACUCAGUUCUGCUGAACUGGACAAAGCCAGACUCUCCCAAUGGCAUUAUCUUCCAGUACCGGGUGGUCUACCAAGAGAGACCCGAUGAUCCAACAUUUAACAGCUCUACCGUGCAUGCUUUCACAGUGAUGGAAACAAGCCAUCAAGCCCACCUGUUUGGCUUAGAGCCAUUCACAACAUAUCACAUUGGCAUUGUGGCCGCAAACCAUGCAGGAGAAGUUUCAAGCCCCUGGACUCUGAUUCAGACCUUAGAAUCUUCCCCAAGUGGACUGAGCAACUUUACAGUAGAACAGAAAGAGAACGGCCGAGCAUUGCUACUGCAGUGGUCAGCGCCUGCGAGAACCAACGGUGUGAUUAAGACCUACAACAUCUUCAGUGACGGCGUCCUGGAGUACACCGGUUUGAGUCGUCGGUUUCUCUUCCGCCGCCUGGACCCUUUCACUCUCUACACGCUGACCCUGGAGGCCUGCACCAGGGCAGGGUGUACACACACAGCACCCCAGGCUCUGUGGACAGACGAAGCCCCUCCGGGUUCCCAGCUGGCUCCUACAAUCCAGUCUGUGCAGUCCACCAGCGUUGAGCUGAGCUGGUCUGAGCCUGUUAACCCAAAUGGAAAACUAAUUCGCUAUGAAGUGAUUCGCAGAUGCUUCGAGGGAAAAGCUUGGGGGAAUCAGACAAUCCAGGCUGAUGAGAAAAUUGUUUUCACAGAGUAUAAUACUGAAAGGAAUACAUUUAUGUAUAAUGACACAGGUUUGCCGCCGUGGAUGCAGUGUGAAUAUAAAAUCUGCACUUGGAAUUCAGCAGGGUGUACCUGUAGCUCUUGGAAUGUGGCAAGGACUUUGCAAGCACCUCCAGAAGGUCUCUCUCCACCUGAGAUAGCCUAUGUGUCUAGGGAUCCCCCCAAAUUGCUGAUUUCCUGGGUCCCACCAGAACAGUCCAAUGGCAUUAUCCAAUCCUAUAGGCUUCAAAGAAAUGGAAUACUCUAUCCUUUCAGCUUUGAUGCUGUGACUUUCAAUUAUACCGAUGAAGAGCUGCUUCCUUUUUCUGCCUACAGUUAUGCAGUCCUGGCCUGCACGAGUGGAGGCUGCUCCCCCAGCAGACCCACCAACAUCACAACUCCUGAGGCUGCUCCCACACAAGUCAGCCCUCCAGCUCUUUGGGCCAUCAGUGCCAGUCAAAUAAAUGUAUCUUGGUCACCACCAUCAAUUCCAAAUGGAAAGAUCACAAACUACUUGCUUAGAUACGAUGGUAAGGAGUACUUUGCUGGUCGGAGCCUGUCCUUACUGGUUUCCCACUUGCAGCCUUACACUCAGUAUAAUUUCUCCCUUGUCGCCUGCACAAAUGGAGGUUGCACAGCUAGUAUGUCACAGUCUGCCUGGACAUUGGAGGCCCCACCAGAGAACAUGGACCCCCCAACACUGCAAGUCACAGGCUCAGAAUCAAUAGAAAUCACCUGGAAACCUCCAAGAAACCCAAACGGCCAGAUCAGAAGUUAUGAACUUAGGAGGGAUGGAACCAUUGUAUACAUAGGCCUGGAAACCCGCUACCAUGAUUUCACCCUCACACCAGGUGUGGAGUACGGCUACACGGUGACUGCCAACAACAGCCAAGGGGGGGUUUUGAGUCCACUCGUCAAAGAUCGAACCAGCCCCUCAGUGCCCUCAGGGAUGGAACCUCCAAAAUUGCAGGCUGGGGGCCCUCACGAGGUGUUAGUGAACUGGGAGCCUCCUGUGGGGACAAAUGGCGAUAUCGUCAACUAUACCCUCUUCAUCCGUGAGCUAUUUGAAAGAGAAACGAAAGUCAUACCCAUAAACCCAACUCAUGAUUCUUUUGGCACACAGUCAUUCGUAGUAAACGAGCUGAAGCCGUUUCACAGGUAUGAAGUACGAAUUCAAGCCUGCACUGCCCUGGGAUGCGCGUCAAGUGACUGGGCAGCCACACAGACCCCUGAGGUUGCACCUUUGAUGCAACCGCCUCCACAUCUAGAGGUACGGAUGGCUCCGGGAGGAUUCCAGUCCAAUGUUUCCCUUCUGUGGACAGGACCACUUCAGCCCAAUGGAAAAGUUUUAUACUAUGAAUUGUACAGAAGACAAAUAGCAACUCAGCCUGACAAAUCCAAUCCAGUGCUAACCUAUAAUGGAAGCUCAAGCUCUUUUAUGGAUUCUGAACUAUUGCCUUUCACAGAGUAUGAGUAUCAGGUCUGGGCAGUGAAUUCAGCAGGAAAAGCCCCCAGCAGCUGGACACGGUGUAGAACUGGGCCUGCUCCCCCAGAAGGCCUCAGAGCCCCCAAGUUCCAUGCAGUCUCUUCUACCCAAGCAGUGGUCAACAUCAGCGUCCCUGCGAAGCCCAACGGGGUCGUCAGUCUCUACAGGUUGUUUUCCCGCAGCACCAGCGGGACCGAGGCUGUGCUGUCAGAAGGCAUGGCCACCCAGCAGACGCUCCAUGGCCUGCACCCCUUCACUACGUACUCUAUUGGGGUAGAGGCCUGCACCUGCUUCAACUGUUGCAGCAAAGGGCCUACGGCUGAGCUGAGAACUCAUUCUGCUUCACCCUCAGGGCUGUCCUCUCCCCAAAUCCAGACCCUGGCCUCGAGGACAGCCUCCUUCCAGUGGAGUCCCCCGCUGUUCCCUAACGGUGUCAUUCAAAGCUAUGAGCUCCAAGUCUACACAGCUUGCCCACCCAAGUCAGCCCUGCCCUGUACUCCCAGCCAAACAGGGACAAAGUACAGGGGGCUGGGGCAGAGCGCCACCCUCGGGGGUCUCCAGCCUUAUACCACCUACAAGCUGAGAGUGCUGGCUCACAAUGAGGCGGGCAGUGCGGCUUCCGAAUGGAUUAGCUUCAUCACCCAGAAGGAGCUGCCUCUGUACCGAGCUCCGUUUUCAGUGGACAGCAACUUGUCAGUGGUGUGCGUGAACUGGAGUGGCACUUUCCUUCUGAACGGCCCGCUGAAGGAGUACGUGGUGACCGAUGGAGGGCAGCGCGUGUACAGCGGCCUCGACACCACCCUCUACAUUCCACGGACGGCGGACAAAACCUUCUUUUUCCAGGUCACUUGCACUACAGAUGAAGGAAGUGUUAAGACGCCAUUGAUCCAAUAUGAUACCUCUGCUGGAUUUGGCCUCGUGCUAACAACUCCUGGAGGAAAGAGAGGGUCGGGGAGCAACAGCACGGAGUUCUACAGAGAGCUGUGGUUCAUAGUGUUAAUGGCGAUGCUGGGCCUGAUCUUGUUGGCCAUUUUUCUGUCCCUGAUACUGCAAAGAAAAAUCCACAAAGAACCAUAUAUUAGAGAGAGACCACCCUUGGUACCUCUUCAGAAGAGGAUGUCUCCACUGAGCGUCUACCCACCAGGGGACACCCACACGGGAUUAGCCGAUACCAAAAUUCCCCGGUCUGGGACACCUGUGAGUAUUCGGAGCGGCUGCAGCACAUCAGUACUGCGGAUCCCAAGUCAGAGCCGGCUUAGCCACACCUACUCCCAGGGCUCCCUCGGCCGUAGUGUCAGCCAGCUCGUGGACAUUCAAGAGAAGAAGGUCCUGACUGACGAUUCACUGUGGGAAACCAUCCUGGGCCACGACAGCGGACUGUAUGUGGAUGAAGAGGACCUGAUGAAUGCCAUCAAAGGUUUCAGCUCAGUGACCAAGGAACACACCACAUUCACCGACACCCACCUGUAA